ACGCAUUAGCCCUCGCUGCUGCUGCUGCUGCUGCUUGCUGCAAAAGGGGGACGACGCGCCCCGCAAAUGCUAUAUGCGUGCUACUGCUGCUGAGAGGUAGGAGAGAGUUAUAUAUAAAGGCCGCGGAAGAAGCAGAAGAGCGGGGGAAGAAAACAGGUGGUCGCGGCGCGUGCUCUUUCCCUCGUUUGAAAACUUUUUCACGUGCUUUGCUGCGUAAGCUUGGCCGUCUCUCGAGCUGACUUUUGGCCCUGCCCGAAUCCGGCCUCAAACAAAAUGAUGGAAACCAAGACUCAGGUGAAGGUCGAGCCUCAGGAGACGACGACUACCAACAACGCCACCGACGCCGAGGCUCAAAAGAGAGAAAAUAACAAUAGUCCAGAAGGAAGUCCACCAGCCAAAAAAGAAUGUCUGGCAAAAAAUAAGUCCCCUUCGAAUCCGCCUGCAUCAGAGACCACAAUAUUGCAACCACCGCCUCCACCUCCCCCAGCUCAAAUCAAUAUAUUCUUUGAACUAUUUUAUGAUGGACCUUAUGAUUUGACAUUGUCUAAUCGCUCUUGGGGUAUACACAGAGUGCCACCUCCUAAUCGAGCUAUUGUAUUAUCUGAAAUAACAUUUGCCUUAUUCAAUGUGGCAAUAUCACCAUCUUAUAAAAAGCAGGUCAUACUUACGGAUCACUUGAAAUUUAAAGCUUUUGUAUUGGACAAGCUUGUAGUUGAAAAAACUUUAGAUGGUGAAAAUACACAAGAAGAUUUUGAGCAGUCUUUUGCAGAAAUAGUAAAUAUGGUUGUAUGCAAAGGAGGUCCUAUUAUAGAAGACAAUCAAGAUGUUCUUUCAAGAUGUGCUUUUAAAGAUUUUUAUAGCAAUCGAUGGAGACAUAAGUCAUGCACAAUAAUAAUUGAAAGAGGUGAAGAAGUUUGCAGACCAUGCUCGUACCUUGAUAAAUAUUUUCAAGAAUGGAUGAAGUACAAUUCAAAAGAAAUUAUAAUAAGCAACUAAAAGAGGUAAAUUAGGUGCUUCAGUUUUUUGUGUGAAUUAAACUUGUAUAAAAAAUCUAGUCAGACACACUAUUGAUACAAUACUUAAGAGCAGUCCGCUAUUCAUAAUAUUUUUUAUACACAAAAAAUAUGUAUUGUAUUAUAAUUUUAAUCACAACUGAUUCCAAGGAAUUACAA